AAAUAUUCGAACUCCGCUUCACUUGUGUUUUUUUUCUAAUUUUACUGUCAUUAGGCCGAUAAUUUGAUGCAUAUUUUGUAUGCAACAGUUAUUUUGACUUGUUAUAGUGCUCUAUUAUGUACCAAAUCAUUGCAGGGAAUGCUCUAAGUGCGUCUAUAAACUAAAAUCAAUAACAAUCAUUGACCAACAAAGUUACCAAGAUGAAUUAUGAAGCCGAGAGAGCCAUGAAUCAGAAGCGAUUGCGAAUGGAGGGCGAACCGGGCCACGGUGUUGUCCAGGGGAACGGUUUGCCGCUAAAUUACAUAGAUAAUGGUCAUCAAAUACCGUACCAGCCGUAUGCUGGUGCGUAUAACACUCACUAUCCGCCGCCGGAAGCGUUCUCGCCGUACGGGCCGCCGCCCCCGGGGGGCUACGCGCCGCAGAACCUGUCGUACGCGCCUCCAGCUCACCAGAACUACCCGCAUCACCAGAGUUUCCCGCCACAACAGCCGCCGCAGGCACAACUGCACAUGCCUCAGUCCCAUAUGGUUCAAGGUUACGGAGACGUGGGGGUGCACAAGCCAGCCUGGCCGCCGCAGCCACAUCUCCUGCCUCCGUUGGACACUCAGAAGCCCCUUGACGUGAAGCAGCUCAAGUCUGAAAUCAAACUUGAACCAACCGAUGCUCAGAAACGACCGCAUCCAGAGAGCGAGAUGAUGGCACGGCAGAGAGAGUACAAUGUCCACAUUCCCAGUUCUUUGGGCGGGGACUUGGAUCAACCCAAAAUAAAGAUAAAGACAGACAUAUUUAAACCUGACGAUUUGGCGCACAGACAGGACAAACCUAUUGAUGUUGGACAGAAGCCAUUGUCAAUAGAUGGGCUACAUAAGCCAGCUGAUAUGCAAAGUAAAGAUGAUGGACACCCAAUCAUUGGAGUUGAAAAUAAGUCCAUUGAUAAACCUGCUGAAGCGUGCAAAGCCGAGGCGGCGGCGGAGGGCGCGGGGGAUUCGCAACGUGCCGCAGAACCCACCACUCUUAGCGACAAGAGUGAAGAGGAUCGGAAACCUUUCAGCAGUCCGGAGCUGCCCAAAUCGGGGUCUAUACCGGGGAAAGUGCCUACCCCCGGCAGUGAGCCCAAGAAGAGGGGCCGGCCGAAGGGCUCCACCAACAAGCCGAAGCCGCCCGGGGCCCCGCGCGCGGCCGGGCCCCCCGCGCCGCGGGCCCCGCCGCCGCGGCCCCUGCCGCAGCCGCCAAGACCCAGGGCUACGGGGUACCAGUAUGCUAUCAGACCGUUCAGGAAGGACUUCUCGGGGAUACAGUUUAGAAGGCGAUGGAGUGACGACUGCCUAGACUCGUCGCACAUCCCGAACGAAGUAUACUUCGGAGACGUACCGGUGUCACUUGAAGUGCUGUACAACUACUACGACGCCAACGCCGAGCGCGAGCGCUUGGCCGCUCAGGCCGCACACAUCGCCGCGCAGAAGGCCGCGGCCGCCAAGCUAGCGGCUGCCAAGCUGCAGGCGAGGGGACUUGUGCCGCACACUACCGAGGUGAGUGAUGUACAACUACUACUACGCUUGGCCGCUCAGGCCGCACACAUCGCCGCGCAGAAGGCCGCGGCCGCCAAGCUAGCGGCUGCCAAGCUGCAGGCGAGGGGACUUGUGCCGCACACUACCGAGGUACAGACAGUAGACUCGUCAUCAUCAGACGAUUCGUCCGGCUCGUCGGGCAGCGACUCCGAGGAGAGUGACGAGGAUACGCCACUGAAGCGGGGCCCGGGCAGGCCGAAGGGCUCCAAGAACAGUCCGCGGGCCCCCGGCACCCCGGGCACGCCGGGUUCCGGGGCCCCUGGAACCCCGGGCUCGGGCCGCCGGGGCCGCCCGCCGGUCCCGCCGGAACUGCGCCAGCCCGGGAUCACGGAUAUGAAGAAGUUCUGCAAAGCUGCUGGUAUACGCUUCGAUUAUAAGAAGCUUGUUGAAGGUUGUACGAAAAACAAGGAACGCGUACAAAAGAUGCUGGAUCUGCUCACGGCAGCCGGUUUAGAAGGCAAGCCUACGCUGGAGAAGUGCCAAGCGCUGAAGAAGGCCAAGAUGGAGAAGAAGGAACAAGAGAAACAGGCCAAGAAAGAGGCUAAAGUUAAGCACAAAGAAGUCGCUGCGACCCCAGAAGGUGGUCGUCGCAUGACGCGCGGCGCGACGGGCGUGAAGCCGCGCCAGCGCAUCGUGAUCUCGUCGGACGAGGAGGACGACACGCCCGCCGCCCGACGCACGCUCUCCAAGCUGCGCUCCUCGCUCAACGACGACUCCGACUCCGACUAGGUACGUACUGCGUGUGUAGCUAGUACAUGCGCCACAACAUCGUGAUCUCGUCGGACGAGGAGGACGACACGCCCGCCGCCCGACGCACGCUCUCCAAGCUGCGCUCCUCGCUCAACGACGACUCCGACUCCGACUAGGUAGUCGACAACUCUCUGCCUGGUAAGAGUAAACAAUAGACAGUACAAUAGUACGACAGUACUUCGGGCAGUGAACACAAGUGACCUCUAGAAAGUGCUUCGACGGAGGUUCGGACUUAGCCGUAGUGACUACUUCCUACUAAUAUUAGUGUUUGCGUCGAAAUUACAUAAUUAGCGGUGUGGUAGAAACAAAAUGGCGGGGUGAAACGAUGUUGGAUUUGAAAAGCAGAAAAUAUGAGUAUGCAGGCAAGUAAAAAUGCAAGCUAUUUUGUAACUUGACUGAAGAAUGCAAUAUGUAUAUUGUCGGUGUACUUAUUUCUUUUGCUAGACAUACUUUGUAUGCACAUAAGACCAGCUAAACUGAAUGCAUCUGUAUUUAAUAAUAAUUUACAACAGUUUUGACGGCCCUAAUUGAAAGAACAUAAAGCUUAAUUUCCCUAAAUCUACAGUGGCAUUGAAAUUAUACCAAAAUAUAUCGGAAUUUCGUUUCACCGCGUCCUCAAUAUAUGCUGAAUAUAAGAGUGCAAUGAAAGCGUAGCCAACGUUAAGUUAUCGACAGUGACAAUAUAGUAAAACAGCAUAAUUUAUCAUCACAGUCGUGAUUAGCCGUAGAGUAGGGAUAGGAGGUGGUAAAUAUUGCUGGUGUACUAAGAUAUUCCUUUAAAAAUAUAUCGAAACAUGACCCCAAGUUAAAACUAACAAAUAUUCGUUUAAAACACGAAAGAUAUAUCGCGAUGUGAAUGUAAAAUUAUCAUAGAAGAGUUCUAUCACAACAAAAUAAAUGCAAUAUGCCCAAAUACAAGCGUAAUAGGAAAACAGAAGACCUGAAAGCAAAUCAAAGCCCAAAACCAACUCGGGAUCAAUUUCGAAUUACGCCUCUUAGUAUAAAACUCCAUGCUACUAUAUGCUACUCCAUUCAUCAGUUUUAUACUAAGAGGCGUAAUUCGAAAUUGAUCCCAAGUUGGUUUUGGGCUUUAAUUAUUUAGACACCGACAACAUAAACGUCACUUUUCUUUAAUAACCGUUUACUUUGAAUUUUCACUUUCAGUUUUCACUGUAAACAGUUGUUACAAGACGAACGGCCGUUUUUUGGCCUUUAAAGAAAUAUCUUAGAAUACCAGUGUUAUUGAAGAACAAAGCUGAUAUAAUAGUUUCAAAUGAAAGUAUAGAAGAAAGAGUUUUAGGAAUAUCUAGAAUCUCCUUUUGAAAGAUUUUAGAUACAGUUUCCAACAAAAAUAAUCUACCAUGUCUUACGGUCAUUUCCAAUAUUCUGUAAUAUAUUCUGUUGGUUUACUUACUAUGGAUAGAAUUUUGACAUUAGCCACAAACAAUUAAUUUCAAAAUCCUAUCUCUGGUAAGCGAAACAGUGGAUACUUGGACAAAAUAUUAGGAACGGCCAUUAGAAACGAAUAUUUCUUUUGAAUUUCUUGGUUCUGUGUUCUAGAAUCUUUCAAUAAGGAGUCAAGUUAAAAGAGUAUGUAUUAAUAAUAGUGCUUUAUAUUUUAAUGUCGCAAUACAGAUCACUAUGACGUCAUUCCAUUAUAUUGGCGCGGUGUCACGGCUUAUUACUAACCCCUUUAUAUUGUGUUUUUAUAUCACUGACCAACAGUGGAAACAAGCCUUAAAAAACCUACUUUCUUUUAUAAAAAACUACAUAUUGUAGUAUAUCAAGGGCCGAUUUUUCAAUCUCCAAAUCACUUUCAUCUGUAGAAUGAGUUUGACAUUUUGACAGCUUUUGUACAGAAGAUAUGUCAAACCGCCAUAUUUGUACCACAGAUGGCUAAGUGAAUUGAUGAUUGAAAAAUCAUUGAAUCCUAUCAUUAGGCCCUAAAGCAAUCGCGAUAUCACAAAAUAUUCGAUCUCUCCUAAUUUUAUAUUAAAAAACUGCGAUUGGAACACUAGUCAUAAAUCAUAUAGAAAUUAUUGAAAAAAGACAAGUCGGCAUAUUUUUUUAAUCUGGCAGCUUUAUUUAUUACUUUUUAAAAUUGGAAGGGAUUGGCUUUAGAGAAAUGGUGGCUGAAGGCAAAGGCGUUCCUUAGUGAAUAUUAUAUUUGUAGGACUAAAACCCCUCGCCUACUUUAAGUAGUGGUAGAAGCUUAAGGCACUCAAUAUUGUUCAUUUGUGCCUAUAAUACUAUUAAAAAAAACUAUAUAUAAUUCUAUCUGUGUGAAUCUUACAUUAUAAAGAUAUAAUUUUCAUUAAAUAGCAGAAUACGUUGUAUUAUGAUUGGAGUCAAAUUUUAUACUCUAGUUUAUAUAACAAAAAAAGUAAUAUUAACUAUUAUUGAUAUCAAUAAAUUGGUAACACCAAGACAUUUAUUAAAUUUAGAUGUUGUAUAUAUUAAAGAAAAAAUACAUAAUAUUGUGUGUCCUGCGUUAUUUUUGUACAGGUUUGACGAAAUGAUGUAUGGUAUCGGCUUUGUAUAUACGCUAACGAAUGAAUGGAGGCAAAAAUAUGGGUGACUGAUACAUAGCCGAAUGAGGAUGUCACUGAGUUUUCUUACUUUAGUUUUUUAAACUGUGGUGCGAGACGACCAAUUUUUAAGUACACUGUCAUUUGCAAACAUCCCCUUAAUGUAUAAAUAGGGGGUGACGCUCGCAAGUUUUUUCAAUGUGAUGAUUUUUAUGAUUUUAUUCCCAUACUAACAGCUAGGAGCUAAACUUAGCCGAAGAACGAAUUUAUAUUUUUAUUUAUUAUUUUAUCGGAUAUAAGAAUCUCAAUGAACGCAAUGGGACUUUAAUAUUUGUGUUCAAUCGGGAGUACUAAGAGCAAAAUUAAAGAUUUUUCAUAAUAAGUACCAUGUAUAGUGUAUCGGUGUCGUUAUUUUGAUAAUUAUAUAGUUAUAUGGUUUAGCAGAUGUGUGCGAGCAUCGGUUAUAAUCGCCUUAAUCAGACACCAAUAAUAAUGCAAUACUUUUUUAUAGUUAAAAUAUUAAGUGCUAUUGUGAGAGUUUUUUUGGGGUGACCAACGCUGCGGUUUCUACUAAAACUUUAAUUUCACAUGAUUUUGUAUAAGCGUGAAAUAAUUUGUCUUAAAUCUACGACGCUGGCGUUCAAGAGUUUAAAUAGUAUUUUUAAAACAUUAAACAAUGCUUAUAAAAUCUAUGGAAAGUGAUUUUUAAUGAAUAUGAAUGAUUUUUAAUAAAUAAUGAAUGAUAAAGUGUGAAAAUGAUCACGAUAUCAUUAAAAUUAUAUGAGUUGUACAUAUUAGACGUAGUUUUAGUUUUAAGUUUUAUUAUUAAUUUUAAGAUGUAAUAGAUAUUUGUAUUUGUAGGAUAUAUUUAGAUGUGUUUCUUUUACCAUAUUAUAUAAUUGACGGCUACGGUAAUUUUGGUAGUAAAAAUAUUUCCAUAGAAUAAAAGCAUUUCAAUUAUUGCAUUUCUAACUACAAUAAAUAGUGUCUCUUCAAUAACUCGGAAUAAUUUGAGCAGACUAAAUAACUUUUAAUACAUCGCCUACUAUGCCUUCCAUCUUUUCUGAAGGCCGAUUUACUGCUAUAUUAUAAAAGUUUACCUACUAUCGUAGGAAAAAUAAUGACCCCAUGAAUCGGCAAUCUUUUAAACAUAGAACAGUAGUCAACCAUUUUUAUGUCUUAGCAAUAAUACAGUAAGCGUAGAAUCCAAGUUUGAAAUUUUGUUACCAUAGACAAGCUUAACAAAAAAGUCUAUGAGCAAGAAGGUUAGCUUUCAGUGUUCAGCCUAUUUACCGCGGCCGUGUUAUAUUAGUCACCUAUAUAUAAAAAUAUAUUAUAUUUAGUAUAAGAAUAUGCUUUUCGCCGGCACACUAUGUUUUUUUAAAUAUUUAUAGAUAAUAUUUUCCUUGCCAAUACAUGAGGCGUAUAGAUUUUUUCUUAUUUACUCAAUUUAAAGGCGUUCACAGAAUAUUUGAAGGGAAGAAUACUAAAAUCGAUUGAACACAUUUUGUUCACAAAUCAUAAGUUUUAAAGAGUGUAAAUUGUAAUAAAUCAAUAAUUGGAAAGUAAUCAACUCAUCUGUUUUAAAUAAAUCAAUUGAAGAGUUCAACAAAUUGAACAUAAACACAUUUGCUCAUUUAUUGUGGACAAAAUCAUAUAAAAAAAUAUAUUUUCUAUUAAUGGGACUUAAAAUCAAUUGUAUCACCGGCAGCCUAAAAUAAAUAUCAGAAUAGUUUUGUCUUCAUACAAUCGUAUUGAUAUUAUGGCUGAUUAUAAUGGCAAUAAAACUUACAAAAUAAAGUUCCUAGCAGCCUAAUCAAAACUAUUUUGAUUGUAUGUGAACAAUUUCCCUUUAUAAGGAAACCAACAAGUUACGAACGUUUUAGUUCCAACUUUUUGGUGUGGCAAUACUAAGGCUGUAUUUAAAGAAAGGCACCACUAUAAAUGACGAUAAUUAUAAUUUAAAAGGCUUUCAAAAACAUUUGGCCAAUAUAAAGUCUUCCUUUUUAAAGUAUAUUUAUUGAUAGGCAAAUAGAAAAAAACAUGGUUUUUCUAACGCAUUGUUUACUUUGAAGAAAGUGUGGAAGAAUACUAAAAGUCUGAUACAUAAAUUAAUGUAAAAUUCUUACAUACAAAUACACUCGUAUAAUUAUAUUGUAUUCAGGACGAAUAAACGUUGAUAAAUAUUUUAUUUUGCUGUAAAUAUUAAUACACACGUCUAAUCUAUUUGGCAAUACCCAAUGUGUCAGAAAACCAAUUGAGGUAAAUACAAUUUAUUUAAAUAAAUAAUAUUCUGCAUUCAGUCAUCUUUGAGCAUAGUCGCAAUUUUCCUUAAUUUAAAAGGAUCCAAAACAAAACAAAACCUAAAAUCAAAGGUCUCGUUAUAUUUUUUCAAAAAUUCUUGUUUUUAUUUUUGUAUCUGCUAUAAAAAGUUGAAUAUUUUACACACAGGUCUCAAAGGUCAAUAAUUCCUUCGGGACACGUGUUCAAAACGUCCGAAACCGGUUUUAUUCCCGAAUAACCGAUACCGGUUUUUUGCAAAUGUAAGAACUCAAAACCUCUCACGGUGCCGGUUUUUCAAAAGAAAGUAGUCCUGUAUACCUAAGAUCGUCAUUUCGAGUGCUACCUUUCUUCAAGCGGUGACAAUGUAAAUAUAAUUGAAUUGAUAAAAAUUGGAUUGUGAUCGAAAAAUAAUUUAGCAAACGUUUUUUUUAUUGGUAUUUGACACCUCCAACCAAUGUGCAAUCGUUUUUUGAAGUACCUAUAUAUGAUUUUCACAUAAAUAUGGAAUUAGUUAAAUGGCUUUUAACGUAAUUUAAUUGCAAUUUCAACAGUUUUUUUUAUGCAGCUAAAAAUCUAUUAUGGAUGUAACUGGAAAAUUUGUUUUAUACAGAAACCACCUUAUUAUGGAACUUGGUCUUAAAAAUACUGGGCUUAGAACAAUAACUUGUUUGAGACGAUGGUUUAUACCUCAUACUAAAAAGCCGGUUCUUUUUGUCAGGACCACGUUUUAUAAUAAGGUGGAUAAAGUCUUGAAAUAAUAAUUGGUUGUUGGUGUCAAAUAUCCCAUUUUUGAUGUACAUAUUCGCGUGCGUGCCGGAAUAGUAUGUUCGCGAACAUGUGAAAUUGUCGGUGACAGCUAAACGGCUGAUGUAUAUUAUUUGCGUAAGAUAAACUUUUGUAUAAAUACAUUAAUUCGGAUGUAGAAUGCCAUAUUGUGAUUAGUUUGUUAGCGACACGAAAUAUUUUUCAAAUAAAAAUAUCUAUGUAUACAUUA